GAAAGUGCUUGGCUAGCCGACUUGGAUCAUCUCCUAGAUUUGAGGAGAAAUAACCAUCACCAAGUUUGAAUUUGCUAAACCUUUAGGCUUUGCUGGCAGGAAAGAAGCAUUCCACUCUUGGAGCCUAAAAUGGAUCCAGAAGAUAUGGGCUCAGGUAAACUAGGCCAAAUACUGAAGCAGAUAUGGAAACAAAACCUGAUGCUGAAGCAGGCCCUCCAGGGCCGUGACCAUGCUGAAGGGGCUGGUGGGGCCACCUGGAUAGCCACCGUGGUCUUCCUGGGUCAGGAGCUCAGCGGGGCCCUGCAUCGGCUCUUGGAGCACACCGCAGGCACGCUGUGCUCCACCUGCCAGCAGCUGGGUGUGCUGCUUGACAAGGACAACCAGUGUACCUGGAGACAAGAAAUCGUUGCUCUCAUAGACUGCCUCAUGAAAAUAAAGGACUCUUUGGGGAGCACUGCUACACUUCUAAAGAAAGAAGAAAAGCAGAUGUGUAAUUUAGGCGGCACGCGUGAUGAAUGCCCUCCACCGCAGACAAUGUCUGCCAUUCAGGAUAUCAAAGCAACAGACAUUGCUGCAAGACAGGAACAAAAUGUCAUAGAAACAGCUACUGUUUCUCCCGCAAGUGGUGGGGAAAGUCUUUGCACACACCAGGACCCGUCAAAGGAAAAUAAAACACGCAGGAGUUCAGCGCCAGUGGAAGAGGAAAACGGUCCAUUAUUGAAUGGAGACGUAACUGGGCGAGAAGAGUCACAGAACAAAAUGUUCCCAGAUGAUGCAGAAAAUGGAGCUGGUAAACACACAGCACACGUGACAGUUGAGAACACGAACGGCCACAGGGAAGAGAUGCAUGACAUCAUUCUGACAGCAGAAAGAGAAAUUCAAGAGAGCUCAGAAAACCAAAGAGAGGAGGCUAGCACAUCCUUAAUAGCAUGCGACACGGCCAAUAAAUACGUGAAUAGUCUUCUUCCCAAUGAUUCAGAGAGUCUAAAGCAGAGAAGUCACAUGAUGGAAAAGGAGUAUGUUGAUGUGCUCAGUGGCGAUGCAGGCCCCCAAGUGGCUUGCUACAUCACCGCGCCAUCAUACCUUCUACAACACCUAGAGUGCCGAAUAGCUAACAGCAUGAGUUCUUUAAUAGUGAGUGACAGUGAAGAGCUGGUCAGCAAUGUCGUCAUUGUCGAGUGUUCAGAUAUGGAAGGGAGAAUUCCAUUUCCAAUAUGCAUUGCAAUUCCAUUUACUGCACGUUACAGGGGAAAUUACAAAGACAUCCUGGUGAAAGUGUCUGACAGAAACCUUCAAUCAAGUUACCUAACCCCAGGUUCACUGGAAGGAACGAGAGGAAGUUACAAGGGGGUCUGUGCUGAAGUGAAAGUCUACAAGCUGGGUAUCUUUUCUGUCAUGUCCUGUUUAAAGAAAGAGUCCUUCACAAUAACAAAGAGAGGCCUUACCCUCAAGCCAAGCAUGGAUCCUCGAAUAUCCUUGCAUUACCCUCCAGGAGUUUUCAGCUCACCAGUGCUUGUACAGUUGAAGGUCCAACCAGUUGACCCAGCUCUGGUGGCGUAUUUAAAAACACAGCAAGAUGCUUCCUACUCGGUGCUAUCCACAAGCCCGCUGGUUCACAUGCAGCACCCAUCAACACAUCCUUUCCAGAAGCCAGUCACCGUGUCCCUGCCUUGUUCUCCACACCUGGAUACAAAGAAUUUUGGGUCUGAGAUCGAUCAUAAAAGAACAGUUGGUACCACAACAAAAAGGAUCAUCCCUUUAUACCUCAACCGGGCAAGAAGUGCUUCCAUAAGAAAACCUGGGAACAACGCCUGUGAAUCUUUGAAAUUACUGGGAUUCAGAAGCCGAGACAGUGGUUGGUUUGAGCUUGAUGAUGUUGUGGUGAGAGCCGUGCAGAGUGGCUUGGUAUCAUUUGAAUUGCACGAACACUUAGAGAGGUUUAUUGUGCUCCAUCUGUCUUCCACUGUGGACAAUAGCCACUUGGUUUCUUUUGUGAAAUCUUUGGAGGAAGCCAUGCUCAGUACCAGCGCCUGUGUAGUACUGUAUCACCAGAAGGACAACCCGUAUAGACUAGUUAUUUUGGUGGUGCCUUCUAAAGACUUAAACCAGGUGCUUAGGAAUUUGCGCUCGGAAGCCUUCAGUGGUCCUCCAGAGCCGUCUUGCCAUUUCCAAGUGAAAGAAGGAGAACAACUUCUCCUGAGGUUUACUGGAAACAUAUUUGCCUCAAGCAAUGGGAAGGAUUAUGGAAAGGACUACAAGCUGAUUUUUCAUUUACAAAGAAGACCCAGGCUGGAACUCCAAAUCAAAGAGGUGGAUGAAUUUGGCAACUACAGCUGUUCUCACUAUAAGGGCAUGAUUGUAGUUUAUAAAGUCCCUAAAGAAAAAACAGUGCACAAUUUGGAUCAAUCUCUCAUACUUAAUGAAAACCAUUAUCAGUUGCCAAUUUGCAAAUUACCAUUGAGAUUGCCAAAGCAUGAAAAAUUAAUCAACCGGCCACAGAGUACCAAAAGAAUUUCUACAGAUCCCCUAGAAGCCCUGUGGGACAACUUGCUCUACUGGUUGGCAGAGGAGCUCUCAGAAGAAAACGCCAUGAGUCUGUCCUCGUCCCUCCCCCUCCGCCGCAGCACCAUUCAGCUCAUCAAACUGAAGAACCCAGAUGAUCUCACGGAGCAGAUCCACGAACUUCUCUGCUUCUGGAAAAAGUCACUCCCAAAUUCCACGGAUAAACUUCGCCUCCUGGCCCGUCAUCUGCGCAAGAUUGGCAGGAGUGAUCUUUCCGAAGAGCUCAAGUUCAAGUGGGAAAAUAAAGUGUUCACUGAACCACAGCAGUGGUUUGAGACGGCAGAGUGAAGUCGGUUAUUCCUUCUUCAGGUCAUAGUUGGUUGUAAGAUAGUUUCUGUCAACAUCUUAAUCAGUGACUUCCAAAUAAUGUUUUUGAAGUGAACCUGUUUGAUAGAUGUGCUGUUGAGACAAGUGGCGAAGCACUAGUCCCAUAAUGAAAAGCAUUCAUAGGUUUGAGUGAUCUGCUCACUCAAUGGUCCAGUGUGAUCUAAGCUCUGCAAACAUGAUUGUCUUGGGUCCAGCCAAACUCAAUAGCAUUUGCCAUAGAGUUUGCUCUGUUCGUGUUUUAACAGCUGAGGUCACUUUCUAAGUGUAAAGGGAAACUGUGAUGUAUAGAUAGCCUUUUUUAUCGUUAUCUAUCUACAUAAAAGUAAAAUACUUAUCCAGGAUCCCAAGCAACUAAUCCUCAUUGGGUGCACACAGUGGGGCCCACAGGUAGCAAUGCUGGGCAAACUGGGCUGCAGAAACCUGAUACGGAUGAUAGCAAAUCACUCUCAGAAAACAGAUCAGCUCUCAAUAAAUUAAAAAUAGGACAACAUUCCAGGCACUUCCUGCCACAAACUUUUUGUGUAAUAAAGUAUAGUCUGCAAUAGGGAAAACCUCAUAUUUUAUUAUUAGUGGGGAUGAGGCAAGUGCAGAGGAAAUGCAGUGUCAGUGAGAGAAUUCAGGACCCUUUUACCUACUUAGGAGAUAAACUCUUUUUUUAAAUUGGUUUGAGAGAAACCUUAUACAUAAGCCCUACAAAAAUAGUACAUUUUUAUAUAAACAUGUAAAUAUUUAUAUAAAUAGUAUAUAAAAAUAGCUGGUGGUCUGGUUUCAUUUUCUUUUUGCAUUUAUCAGUCAAGUUUUCCCAACAUCAUUCGUGGAAGACACUGUCUUGGCUCCAUCGUAUGCUCUUGCCACCUUUGUCAAGUAGCAGUUGUUUGCACAAGCAUGACUUUAUUCCUGGGUCCUCUGUUCUGUUCCGUUGAUCUGUGUGUCUGUCGCUGUGCCAGUACCAGGGUGUUCUUACCCCAGUGACCUUGUAGUACAGCUUGAUAUCGGGAGCUGUGAUACUUCCAGCUUUGUUCUUUAUUCAGAAGGCUGCUGAGGCUAUUUGGGGUCUUUUUUUGGUUCCAUAUAAAUUCUUGGGAUAUUGUUGUAGUUCUGUGAAGUAUGCCAUUGGUAUUUUAAAAGGAAUUGCAUUGAAUGUAUGGAUUGCUUUUGGUAGAAUGCCUAUUUUAAUGAUGUAACUUCUUCCAAUCUAUGAACACGGUAUAUGCUUCCACUUAUUUGUAUCUUCCUCGAUUUCUUUCUUCAGUGUUCUAUAGUUUUCCAAGUACAGUUGUUUUGCCCCGUUGG